AUGCCACAGUUGCACAGAUUGUUAUUAGUAUUACUAUUAGCCUUUCAAAUGAUCAACGCAUCUUAUUUUACUGAAAUCGAUAGAUUGCAUAAAGAUUUGAUGACUGGAUAUAAUAAAGAUAUAUUGCCACAAUGGAACAAAUCACAACCAGUAGAUGUCUCGAUUGUAUUUCAUUUACUUAAUCUGAAUGGAAUAGACAGUGUAAAGGGAGUUAUUGCCAUUGCAGGAUAUUUUAUUUUUCAAUGGAUUGACGUAAAUAUGCAAUGGACACCAGCCAAUUACACUUCUAUAGAAAACAUAGUCAUACCCCUUGAAAAAGUAUGGAAACCGCCUGUUAUAAAUGCUAAUUCUGUCAUGGAAUAUAAAUUCUUUGGAGCCGCAGGUACCUUUGUUCGUGUUAACCAUACAGGUCUGGUUACAUGGACUCCAGGUAUUAAUUUGGAAUUUUCUUGUAAUAUGGACACAACGAAAUACCCUUUCGAUACACAGAUGUGUGAACUGGAAGUUAUGAUAUGGGGGUACAGUUCAGAAGAACUUACUUUUACGACGAGCAGAACUGAUGUUGACAUCAGCUUUUAUCAAUUUAACAAUGAAUGGGAAUUAAUGUAUACUUCGGCUGUUGCGAUCAAUACAAGUAAUUUAAGUCCGCUUGUGCAAAUUGAAACCCACUUUGAACGUCGUUCUUUGUAUUAUGUAAUGAAUCUUAUUUUCCCUGUAAUGCUUUUAGCAUUACUAAAUUUAUUUGUAUUUCUUUUGCCACAGGAUUCAGGUGAAAGGGUUGGAUUUUCAGUUACACUAUUGUUAGCAAAUGUUAUGUUUCUAACGAUUGCAGAGAAUAUGCUCCCAGCUACAGCAAUACCGAGAAUGUCCGCCAUUUGCAUUGCACUGUUACUGAAUCUAUGUUAUAGCGGACUUAUAGUCAUUACUGUUAUCAUUAGCGGCAACAUCUAUCAUAAGCCGGACGAGCAGGUUAUCUCUAACUGGAUAGUGAAAUUUGUACAAAUAGGUAAAUUAUUUAGAAGUAACCAUAAGCAAGUAUCAUCAGAAAUGAUAAUUCCUCACGUUGAAAAGGACUUCGAUGGAGAAAAAUACGAAAACAGGAAAGAAAAUAACCUACACAAGGUCAACUGGCAGCAAGUUGCAAGAAUGGUGGACCGUAUUGCCCUUAUCUCUUAUAUUACACUUUUCAUAUUUGGUUGUAGCGGCGUUUUUAUAGAUUGUUCCCGAAGGUAA